AUGGUCAAACACGGAGAAGUCAGAAAUGGAGCCCUUCUGGGGGAGGCACAAUUGGAGAACAAAGAGACCCCACAACCCUGCCCUUCUGUCUUCCCAGGGCUGGAGGUGGCCCUCAUAGACCUGCAGAGCUCCUGGAACAACGUGCGGCACCACACGGAGGAGAUCAGCUCCAACCGCCUGCUCCUCCGCCGGGGCCAGAGCUUCAACAUCACCCUGUACUUCAGGAACCGGGCCUUCCAGCCGGGCCUGGACGACAUCAUCUUUGUGGCUGAGACCGGACCACUGCCAGACCUGGCCAAGGGGACUCGGGCCGUGUUCAGCCUGGCAGGUCACAGUGGCCCCAGCCCCUGGAUCGCCUCACUGGAGACCCUCGGGGCCACCUCCCUGGAAGUGAGCCUGUGCGCCCCUCCCACAGCGGCCGUGGGUCGGUACCUGUUGAAGGUUCACAUCAAAUCCCUACAGGGGCCUGUCACAGCCUAUCAGCUCGGAGAGUUCAUUCUACUCUUCAACCCCUGGUGCCCAGGGGAUGCUGUCUACUUGGACAGUGAGCCUCAGAGGCAGGAGUAUGUCGUGAAUGAUUACGGCUUCAUCUACCAAGGGAACAAGAACUGGAUCCGCCCCUGCCCCUGGAACUACGGACAGUUUGAGGAGAACAUCAUAGACAUCUGCCUGGAGCUGCUGGACAAGAGCUUGAACUUCCAGAUCGACCCAGCCACAGACUGUGCCCUGCGGGGCAGCCCCGUCUACGUCAGCAGAGUGGUGUGCGCCAUGAUCAACAGCAACGAUGACAACGGUGUGCUCAACGGGAACUGGGGUGAGAAAUACUCAGACGGCAUCAACCCCACGGAGUGGACGGGCAGCGUGGCCAUCCUGAAGCAGUGGCACGCCACAGGCUGCCAGCCAGUGCGCUACGGGCAGUGCUGGGUCUUUGCCGCGGUCAUGUGCACAGUGAUGAGGUGCCUGGGGAUCCCUACCCGCGUGAUCACCAACUUUGACUCUGGCCACGACACAGACGGAAAUCUGAUCAUAGAUGAGUAUUACGACAGCACAGGCAGGAUUUUGGAGAAUAAGAAGAAGGACACCGUCUGGAAUUUCCACGUCUGGAACGAGUGCUGGAUGGCCCGGAAGGACCUCCCUCCCGGAUACGGAGGCUGGCAGGUGCUGGACGCCACGCCACAGGAGACCAGCAAUGGCCUCUACUGCUGCGGUCCUGCCUCCGUCAGGGCCAUCAAAGAGGGAGAGGUGGAUCUGAACUAUGACACAGCCUUCACCUUUUCCAUGGUGAAUGCUGACUGCAUGUCCUGGCUGGUCUUUGGAGGGAAGGAGGAGAAACUUCACCGGGACACCAGUUCUGUUGGUAAUUUUAUCAGCACCAAGAGCAUCCAGAGCGAUGAGCGGGACGACAUCACAGAGAACUAUAAGUACGCAGAAGGUUCCCCCCAGGAGAGGGAGAUGUUUCUGAAGGCUCUUCAGAAGCUGAAAGCUGGAAGGUCCCAAGGCUUCCUCGGAGCAGGCUCGCCACCUUCCGGGUCCAUGCGACCCAGGGCCAGUCCUCGGAGCCUGGAUACUCCUUCCCUUCGUCCCAGUGAUGUUGUCCGGGUCUCCCUGAAGUUCCAGAUGCUCGACCCACCCGACAUGGGCCAGGACAUAAGGUUUGUCCUGCUGGCCCUCAACAUGUCAGCCCAGUUCAAGGACCUCAAAGUGAAUCUGAGUGCCCAGUCUCUGCUGCAUGAUGGCAGCCCCCUGCCCCCAUUCUGGCAGGACACAGCCUUCAUCACACUCUCUCCUGAAGAAGCAAAGAGCCACCCCUGCAAAAUCUCCUAUUCCCAGUACAGCCAGUACCUGUCCACAGACAAGCUGAUCCGCAUCAGUGCCCUGGGCGAAGAGAAGAGCAGUCCUGAGAAGAUCCUGGUGAACAAGAUCAUCACAUUAGCCUAUCCUGGCAUCAUGAUUAAUGUUUUAGGAGCAGCCAUUGUGAACCAGCCGCUCUCUAUACAGGUGAUCUUUUCAAACCCGCUCUCAGAGCAGGUGGCAGACUGUGUGCUGACUGUGGAAGGAAGCGGGCUCUUCAGGAAGCAGCAGAGAGUCCUCAUUGGAGUCCUCCAACCCCAACACAGAGCCAGCCUCACUCUGGAGACUGUCCCCUUCAAGAGUGGCCAAAGGCAGAUCCAAGCGAAUCUGAGGAGCAACAAGUUUAAAGACAUCAAGGGUUACAGGAAUGUCUAUGUAGACUUUGGGUUAUAAAUUCUGGGACAAUGAGCUGGACACAUAGAUCUUACACUUUGGGAAAGGAGCAAGUUCAAAUGCAAGCUGUGCCAUUCCCCACCCAGAGGAGAUGCCAGCGAUGGAUAGUCCCGUGGGCCAUUUACAUGGCUCCCCAGGACUCUCUGUUCAGGGCCCAGGGAUUCCAUGGUGUCCCAUCCAGAAUUGUGACAUUGGCCAUGAAGUCCAGAAUUGUGGACGUGGCCAUGACUUACUGACCCCCAGAUGUCAAGAAAGAAGAUUGGCUGAGCAGCUCACUGU